AUGAGCAAAGUUGCGCUCCAGGUUGUAUUUGCACUUGUGCCUUCAACUGUUUUGCGCUACAUCAAUUUUGCUCUAGAUAUUUUACUUGAAAUACUGAAGGAGAUUCCUGAGGCCCACUUAGCUUGGCCGACCGAAGCAAAAAUGCAGGAAAACUCGCAUUUGAUCACUAGGAAGCAUUGCGGAGCAAAGUACCUUGACGGUGCAUUUGGGUUCAUGGACGGCUUGAACCUUCCACUCCAAGCAAGCGGUGACCAUAACAAGCAAAAUGCAAACUAUAAUGGCUGGCUACAUAAACAUGUCAUUAGCAAUAUCAUAGUCUUUUUGCCUGAAGGUACAAUCAUGGUUGCUGUGAUGAACGCGCCCGGUAGUUGGCACGACUCAAACAUGGCUUGGCCAAUAUACGAUUUGCUAAGACAUAAGACGCCCAACAGCUGCUUCCUCAUUGCCAACAGCGCGUUCCCUUGUCUUGGCGUAGGAGAAGCCCAAAAGAUCAAAGUGCCGCUCAAGAUCAACGUUUGCAGAACCAGAGAGCAAGAUCAAGAGUCCCAAGAGGUUACAACGGCGCGUCAAGCUGUUGAGUGGGGAAUGCAAGCCAUUCAAGGGUGUUUUUCUUGA